UUGUGUAAGCUGGUUCAAGCUGCUGGUUUUAAAAAGGAAAGUCUCAAUCUCUGCAUGCGCAGAUAAUUGACGAUUUUCACUAAUGGCUAUUCUAUUUACUUUUAUAAGACUGAGCUAUAGUCCUAUGAAAGAUUCAAUUCCGCCAUCAAAUCAGGCGUAUAAUUAAUUGCUGCAAACAUACUUUGUUGUUAUCAAAGUGAUUGUCAUUUUGCGUUCCAAAGCUUGCGACGAAUACCUGCAUCGUAUCUUGAUGUAAACAGUUCAUCUCUGGCUGGUAAAAUGUCCGCCACGCUGAUAACUCAAAUCCGAAAAGAUCAUGACGAUAUUCACAUCAAGACAUACACCAGGUGGUUAAACUGGAAACUCGGUAAGGCAGGACCUGUUGUCAAGAAUUUGAUCGAAGAUUUACAAGAUGGUCGUGUCUUAAUAUCACUUGCCCGUGUUCUGUUGAACGUAAAAAUUAAAGCAGAGAGUACUGAUUCGGAGAUUCACCAAAAAAUCAAUGUUCAAAAAGCUCUAGAUAUAUUCAUGAAAAACGAGGUGAAACUGGUUGCCAUUCAUGCUUCGAGAAUCGUCAGCGGUGAUCAAGCAACAAUUCUUGCUCUUGUCUGGAACAUUAUUCUUCGCUUCCAGAUCCCAGAUGAUAAUGUUAAGAUCAAAGAACGUCUACUUAAAUGGGUUCAAGAUGUGCUUCAAGGAUAUUCCGAUAUAGUAAUUGUCGAAGAUAUCUUGGAAAGUUGGCAAAAUGGUUUAGCAUUUAUUUUGCUUAUGUUUGUAUACAGACCAAAUGUUGUUGACAUUGCCAAAGCUCGGAAGAUGAGCGUUGUAGCCAGAAUGGAGUAUGCUUUCUUAGUCGCUGAAAAAGAGUUUGGUGUUGAUAGGUUUUUCGACCCAUUACGUGUAACCCUCAAAUGCCCAAAUUAUGAUGAAUGGAAGGAAAGUGUAGCAGAAUUGGAAAGAAUCCUUGGCAGGGAAGAAGCGAAAUUUGUUCCAAAUUCGGACAUCAAAAAAGAGUUCUCAAACUUGGAAAGACUUGCACAAGAAACAAAGGAUUCUGGCGAAAUUGUUGAAUCUGUCUGUAAGCCGAAGUUAGCCACGAUUUCGUCAGUUGGGAAGGAGCUCAUUGACAGCAAAGAACUCGAUCCAUCCGAUGAUAAAAAUAUUGCAAAGAAAAUAGACGAACUGACAGACAGGAUCCAACGUCUUGACACAGCUGUGAGAGAAACCAGAGAAAGGUAUGAUUUUUAA